ACGGGGUUGAAAUACAAAAAGGUCGGUUCGCUAGAAAAAGAGAAGAAAGCGAGGAGCGGGGACCAGUCUCCAUUGAUUCUUACAGAGAAGAAAGAAGGAAGAGAGAGAGAGAGAGAGAUCUAGAGAGAGAAGGAAACCUAAUCGCGCGCAUCUGCCCUCUCUGUAGACAGGUUCGCCUCUCUUUCAAGGUCCUCGAUCACCGCCUCACCAACUCACUCUCGUUGGAUACCUGGUUGUACCGCAGAAGAAAACAAGAUGCUUCCACUUUCGUUACUCAAGACUGCGCAAGGUCACCCUAUGUUGGUGGAACUGAAAAAUGGGGAGACAUACAAUGGUCACUUAGUUAACUGCGACACUUGGAUGAACAUCCAUCUUCGUGAAGUUAUAUGCACCUCAAAGGAUGGAGACAGGUUUUGGCGUAUGCCUGAGUGCUACAUUAGGGGAAACACAAUCAAGUAUCUUAGAGUUCCGGAUGAGGUGAUCGACAAAGUUCAAGAGGAUACAAAAAGCCGUUCAGAUAGAAAGCCACCUGGUGUAGGGCGCGGAAGAGGAAGAGGUAGAGAGGAUACCUCAUCCAAAGCAAAAGGCAUAGGCCGUGGCAUGGAGGAUGGAGGCGGCCGAGGUGGAGGUCGAGGCAGGGGUGGUGUUUCUGGUGGAAGGGCUGGUGGAAGUAGAGGUGGAGGUCGAGGCUAGUGAAGAAAGCUCGAGAGAAUAGAUGAACUUAAGUCCCAGUGAAGCGGUCUUGUCAUUUUUUUCAAAAAGGCCACUAGCAUUUGCUCUUCAUGAAGCGGUUUGGUCAAGUUUUCUCCUUACCUCUUUAAUGCGUUUAUUUAUUGCCUGUUUGGUUUUAACGACCUGUUCUUUCUGAUUACUUUUUGGGUAUCAUAAUCUGCACCAACAGUUAGUGACCUUAAUACUUGUAUUAUGAACAUCAGCAUCUCCGAAACUGGUUUGUACAAUAAUUUUGCCAUUGGACUGUCGGAUUUUUAUCUCGUGCACAAUACCGUCAUUAAUUUCUCUUGAUUUGAU